UUCUACUUUUUUCAGUCUUACUUAAACGGAGACUUGUUUGGGCUACAAUAAAGCAAUCAGAAGAUGUAAAAGCUCUAUUUUUGGAACAAGAGUUUUCGAUCGUAUUGUUUUCACUACUGGAAGCAGGAUGGGGGAUAAAUUGAAUCCAGCUCCCAAAGAAAGUGGUGGCGGCAUUCUGAAUCGCAUCACGUCAAUGCGAAAACAGACAAAGAAGAGCAAGGAGAAAGAUUUCAACGGCCAUAAGAUGAAGGAGCGUUUGAAGAGCACUCAGGAGGAACCGCUGUUUGACCAAGACAUGGAGGAGGAGAUUGAAAGAAUCAGGCAUUUAUCGCCGGAGGAAUUCAACAAAAUGUUUGAGAAAAUGCUGGAGGACAUGAACCUGUCAGAAAAUCUACGGGAACCAAUUCGCAACAGAGACAUGGAAACAAAGGUGGAUAUGUUAUGCAGCUUUAAAAGGAGACAAAUGGCAUCACAGAAAACUUCACAUGCUGGGCUGACAUCACCAGAUGAUUAUAUAAAGGAACUCAAUAAGUCAGAUAUGUCACCUGAACAUCUCUUGAAAACACUGCAGUCUGUGCGAGUGUCACUCACAGGGAGACCACUUAGUUGGAUACAAGAGUUUGGUGAAGAAGGGCUCCAGUGCUUAAUCAAACACCUGAGAGAUUCCUGUUCAAAGGAAGGAAACAUUGAUAAACGAAUACAACACGAGUGUGUGAGGUGUUUGAAGGCCUUCAUGAAUAACAAGUAUGGUCUCAAUAUGAUGUUAAAAAGUGACGACGGCUUGGUUUUGCUGGCGAGAUCAAUGGUUCCAAGCUAUCCCAGUAUGAUGGCUGAUGUUGUCAAGGUGGUAGCUGCAGUGUGUCUUGUCAAACAUGAUAAAGCCCUUGAGGCAAUCACUCGCUGUGGAGAGCUUGAAAAACAGGGAAGAUUUGUUAAGCUGGUCGAAGCACUCGAUGACGAUCACACAAAUCUAAAGGUUGCUUGUGUACAACUUAUCAAUGCCCUUGUCAGUACUCCAGAUGAAUUGGAUUUCAGAUUGCAUUUGAGAAAUGAAUUUGUUAGGGAAGGCUUGAAUGAGCCAUUACAGGAGCUUAGAGAUUUAGAAAAUGAUUUUUUGAAUGUUCAGUUGGACAUUUUUGAAGAACACAGAGAUGAUGACUCUGCUGAAUUCCAGCAGAGAUUCACCGACAUAAAAAUAAACUUUGAGGAUCGAAAUGAGAUUAUACAGAUAAUAACAAACCUCAUUCAGGACACUCCAUCAGAACCUAUGUUCCUCUCCAUUCUCCAGCACUUGCUGCUCAUCAGAGAUGAUGUUUAUGCCAGACCUCAAUACUACAAAUUAAUUGAAGAGUGCAUAUCUCAAAUUGUCCUUCAUCGAGGUGGAGUUGAUCCAGACUUUGGUCAUAAAAGAAUUGAUAUCGAUGUCGAACCCCUCAUUGAAAAUCUGGUUGAAAAAGCUCAGUAUGAGGAAGCAGCUGAAAAAUCCAUGCAGCUGGAAACUAAGCUGGAACUUGAAACAACAAUGCGACAAGAAUGUGAGGCUAAAUUAACUUUAACAUCAACAAAUUUUGAGACCAAGAUCGCUGCCCUGGAGAAGGAGCUUGCUGAAGCACGUGAACAGGCUAAGCGAGGUGGCCCUGUAACAGGUGGCCCCCCUCCACCCCCACCACCACCGGGUGGAGCUGCACCCCCACCCCCACCCCCUCCUCCUCCUCCUCCUGGAGGUCCACCAGCCCCUCCCUUGCCCCCAUUCCCCGGUGGGGGUCCGCCUCCUCCUCCCCCACCGCCACCUCCUGGUGGUGGUGUACCACCUCCCCCACCUCUUCCAGGUGGUGGUCCACCACCACCACCUCCACCCCCUGGAAUGGGUGCACCCCCUCCACCAUUUCCUGGCAUGGGUCCCCGCAUGCCGUUUGGGUCCUCUGCUCAUGUGUUACCUCCUGGUGUUGCUCCGAAGAAGAAAUAUAAACAGGACGUGCAAUUGAAGAGAGCAAACUGGAAUAAGAUUAACAUGAACAAUUUCACAGAAAAUACAUUUUGGGCAAAAACGAAAGAGGAGAAGCUGGAGAAGCCUGGACUAUUUGAUGAGCUGUCGAAGGCGUUUGCCGCAAAAGGCGGUCCGAGAAAGACAGAGAGCGGUGACGGAAUGGAAAAGAAAGCAGCGGCUAAGAAAAAAGGCAAAGAUUUAAAGAUUAUCGAUCCAAAAAGCGCACAGAACUUAUCGAUUUUCCUUGGCUCACUUAAAUUAGCACAUAAAGAGGUCAGGAAAUUGAUCAUGAACUGUGAUCAGGUGGUUUUGACGGAAAGCGCCGUAAACUCACUGCUGAAGUAUCUUCCAUCGCCCGAUCAGAUGCAACAGCUCGGAAAUAUGAAGGAAAGCUUCGACGAUCUCAGUGAUCCUGAACAAUUCGUUUGCCUGCUGAGUGGUAUUAAAAAAUUGGAACAAAGAUUGAACAUGAUGCUUUUCAAGAGGAAGUUUCCUGAAGAAAUGCAAGAUAUUAAACCGAAUGUUGUAAAUGCAACUGCCGCAUGCAGAGAAGUAAAAACUAGCCCCAAAUUUUCCAAGUUCCUUGAACUUGUUCUUCUCAUGGGCAACUAUAUGAACGCUGGAUCUAGAAACGAGGGAUCGAUGGGAUUUGAAAUGAACUAUCUCACCAAGUUGAGUUCAACUAAGUCUGUGGACGGUCAGUUGACUUUGGUUCAUUUUCUGGAUGACACGAUAGAAAAAAAAUAUCCCGAGAUUUCGGGUUUUGAAAAGGAGCUGACACACGUUGAACAAGCUGCUAGAGUAUCGGAGGAAAUUCUUCAGAAAUCAAUAAACAGCAUGCAGGGAAACCUCAAGAAGCUCGAAAAAGAAUUGGAAACCUAUAAACCGCACAAUGAUCCAGAAGACAAGUUUUUACCGGUCAUGGAGGGCUUUUAUAAAAGCGCCAAAGACCAAAUAGAUGUCCUGGUUGAGAUGCACAAAAACAUGACCACAAUGUACAAGGAGCUGGUGGAGUAUUUCUGCUUGGAUACCAAGAAAACUUCCUUGGAGGAAUUCUUCGGUGACAUCAAAACCUUCUUAGACUGCUUUGAGAACGCGAAAAAGGACAAUGCAAAACGGAAAGAGAAAGAAGAAAAAGAUAGAAAAGCAAGGGAACGAGCGGAAAAAGAGAAAGAAAAGAAGAAGAGAGCGGAGGCUGAGAAAUCCAAACGAAAGCCUGUUGUGGAUAUAAAUGCAGAUGACGAUCAAGAAGGAGUGUUAGAUGGUCUCAUGGAGGCGCUCAACACAGGAUCUGCCUUCAGAGAUCCGACCCGACCCGCGCGCGCGCGCAAAAAGACAUCUGUAACGCCAGCUUUACCGUCACAAAAAUCUCGACCUGUGGACUUACGCCGGUCACGGACUCGCACAAAUAUACCUGUUCAGAAAAUAAUGGAGGCUCAAAAUGCUGUCGACGGGCAGCACAAUGCAGUAGAUAUUAAUAUCGAUGAUCAGCCCGUCGCUCCUUCUAGACGGAAAAAAGAUGACAGGCGAGGAGGAGGAGGAGAGAAGAGCGGGGAGGGCCUUGAAGAUGAAGCGCAGGACAUUUUGGAAAGAUUAAAGAAGUUAUGAGCGUUUCAAGAUGAGAGGAGGUUUUUCGUGGGACAGUGCAUCAUGUAUUGUACUCUAAGUGUAAACAAAAACUGCAGCCCAGGCAGGAAUUUCUCCUAUUUGUUUUUGAGAGUUCAUUGUGAUUUAAACCACGAUGUGUUAACUGCUACUUCGGGUAAAAUGUGUUUUUAACGCUCAUCGAAGCGAUGGCGAAAAAUAAGAAGUGAAGAUGAUUGGAAAUGUUAUGAAAAUUCGAUUUCACGAAACACGGAAAUUUGUUUAAUUCCAAACGACUGACUGCAAGGCUGAUUGAUGCUGUAAAUGCAAAAAAAGUGGAAAACGUGUAACCUAACAAUGUGCGUCACAUUCCGAUAAUCUUAAAAUGUAUACUGCUUCUGAGAAUCAUUUAUUUCUAAGUUUUCAUCAUUGCAGUCAUGUACAAGGCGUAACCGCCGAUAAAUUACGUACCACGUCGUCUAUGUUCCAGUGUACAAAAACUUAAAGAAAAGAGUCAAAAGCUUAUGUAGCUAGUAUGUUCUUCCUUACUUGCAUACAUAUAUCAUAGCAACACUAAUUUUGGUUUCCAAAGUGAUUUGCCGACAUAGUUUUAAUGUCUUAUGGUGAAAAUUUUUGGUUGCUUGUUCAAUAUUCAAUAAUUACUUUAAAUUGACACACCAAACUAGGUGAAAGCGGAAUAGAGUGUAUCAUAUCUAGGCCGGGCAAUGUGAAAUGUACAUUAUUAAUCGUGGAGGGGUAUAGUUUGGUCUUGUGAGAUUCAUUUAACGAAUAUUUGUGUAAGGGCGGAGCCGUAGGGGGAUCUUCUACAAUCCCCUCACCCACCUGAAUUGACACGUCUCCGUAAUCCUUGGGUUUUUGCUUAGUUUGGUAUAUCAGAGCCACGGAAAACUUUCUGUUUUUAUCAGUUGCUUAGCUCUUUGAAUUUUAUUUAAAGAGUUAUGAAGAUAAUUUGAAAAUAAGGACAAAAAAUGGUACAUUUUGAAAGAGGAGCUUAGGCAUCUUUAUCACUCCUUGCGUUCAUGUGAAAUACGUGUUGUGCAGGUCGCAUCGCGUGAUUUAAUGUCACGUGCCUGUUCUCCUCUUUGUUGAGUCACGUAACGAGUGUUCCCGGUAUUACGUAACGACCAACGUGGACAGUCUGCAAUAGAUUGGGUUGAAACAACAGCGAAGCACCGAUGAUUACAAACAAUGCUUCUCAAUCGAAAUAUUUCGCUUAUGUUGUAAAUGUACAGCGAUUCCGUAAAUUUUAAACUCAAGUGAGUCUUGUAUUCCUGUACAGAGGUAAGAUUGCAUUAAUGUAGAAUAUGAAUAAAGCAAAAA